AUGGGGUGGUUCGUGCGCUGUCUGGGGCUCGAGGAGGCGUCGCGGUCGCCCGUGAAGCGCUACAACUUGCUCACGCCCAAGUUGUUCCCCAAGGAGCCACCACCGCUGGCCGGGAGCCUGGACAAGUCGAUCAUUCGCAACAUCUCCAAGCUCUGCGAGUACUGCGAGAAGAAUCCCGAGAAGGUGCCGAAAGUCUCGCGACGGCUCCAGAGGCGCAUCGUGAAGGAGCUGGGCAAGGAGCGCUUCGGAUACGUCAAGGUCGCGGUGACUGCCUUCAUCUCGAUUCUAGGGGCCCUGCCGAGCACCGUCCCGCUGGUCGGCCCGCAGGUCGUCAGCGUCUGCUCGCAGCUCCUCCCACGUGCAUCCGUGGAACUGCGCCUCCUCGGCAUCUCGCUGCUGACAGCCUUCUGCAACGCCCAAGUCACGACGUCCUACGUGGACCAGAUGGAGCGGUUCCUCCCCCGGCUGUGCACGCAAGCCCAGGCGGGGCGCCUGCAGACCGACAUGCACCAGAACCGCGGCGACGAGCUGCGCGUCGCGGCGCUCGGGGCCCUGAAGGAGGUCAUCCGCCUGAUGGCGCGCUGCUCGACGCUCAUCCGGAGCCAGUCCGAGGUCCUGACCGCCGUGCUGGACAACCUCCACGACCACCCGCGGCUGGCCAAGACGAGCCGGCCCUCGCAGGACGACGCCGAGGUCGCGGGCCACCCCGCGACGAUCUCCCUGCUCGCCCUGCGCGAGAUGAUGCACAUGGACGACGCCACCGUCAAGCGGGCGGUCGACGGCGUCACGGCCUACCUCACCGAGCACCGCCUGUGGUCGCCGAGCGGGCUCGGGGGCAGCGCGCCGCGGGAGGAAACCUUCACGUCGCUCGCGUUCAGGGCCGUCAGGAACGGCCUGGACGACAACGGCCGGCGGUUCCACGUCCUCCUCGGCCUCCUGCGCCACCUCUGCGACGCCGAGCCCGGCGACGCCACGCAGAUCAUCAUCAACGAGAUCAACGCAGAGGUGGAGCACUCGGGGCAGUUCGUGAUGGGCUCGGCGCUGGUGGCGGUGCUGCGGCAGCUGCCCAUCGCCGUGGCCAAGCUGCGCGGCGCGGACCGCGAGCGCGCGCUGGAGGUGCCCCGGCUGGUGGCCACGAAGCUCGACGACGCGCUGCAGGUCGUCGAGGCCAUCACGUCGGCGCUGUACCGCACCACGCGGCAGAAUGAGGAGGCGGCGUGCGUGCUGCUGUGCCUGUGCGAGGCCGCGGAGGCGAUCGCGACGUACGCGCCGGCGCAGCGCCACCUGCCCUCGCGGUCCUUCCCGCAGCUGCUCCUCGAGCGCCUGUGCAUGCUCCUCGCGCCGGACUCGCGCGCGGGCGUCGUGUCGGGGUCGCUGCUGCUGGGGACGCUGCGGCUGACGCAGCUGCUGCUGCCGCUCGCCGACGAGGACGGGCUGCGCAGCGAGCAGGUCGCGAUGCUGCUGGCGGCGGUGCGCGCGGCGCUCGUGGGCGGGCAGUGGAGCCGCGAGGCCGGUGUGGCCAUGGGGGACAUGCUGGCGCUGUUGCCGCAGCACGUCGGGCGGGAGGGGGGCGUGCUGGUCGCGGCGUUUGCGGCGCGGCUGCUCGAGGGGACGACGGUGGCGGCGAGCGCGUGGAAGGACCUCGUGCCGUGGCAGAGCGUGGCUGUGGCAGACAUGGCAAACCGCAUGUUGCGCCGGCUGGUGGAGGCGUUCGCCGACGGGCCGAAAGCAUCAGGCGCGGAUGUCGAGUUGCCAGGGGUCGCAGACGCGGCGCAGCACCUGUCGGACGACACCGUCGUGCAGCAGAUGCUGAUGCAGCUGCGCGCGAAGGGCAGCGCGACGGCUUGCCGGGAUACAGCGAACCACGCCUUGCAGGUGUCUGGACUGCUGCAGGAAGUGGAGCCGGACGUCGCUACGCAGCUUAUGGCGAGCACCUUUGAGGGCAACACGCAGUUCUCCUCGAGCAUCGCCCCGCGCUACGGAACGGGGCGGCGGGGCGCGACGGUGGCAGUGCCUCCGUCGGGGUCGAGCCGCACGCACGAGGCGCUCCAGGAGGCCUCGGAGCAGCAGCGGCGCAUCCAGAUGCGAGUGGGGAGCAUAUCGAACCGUACGGGCGCACCGGCACCAACCGGGGUCAUCAACUUGCUCUCAUCGUCGCUGGCGAGGGACAAGGAGAACAUUGCGUCGAUCGGCGAUAGGCCGUUCGUGGAUGUCGUGGCGGAGUGCACGCAGGGUGCCAGGUCCGCUCUCGAGGCGCUGGCGAUGACGUGUCUUGCCGGGCAGGGCGCAGGUGCGAAGGAGCUGGAUAAGUUGCUCCUUGGCCGGAGUCAGGAGGAUGCGCUGUAG